AUGUGUUUACUGAUGAAUGCUUAUGUUGACGACUGCAUGAAGUUUCAAAAUACUGAUGUGGUUAAUAUAAUUGUCAUGCGAAAACUGUGGGCUUGCUGUUAUGUAUACCUUGUGGACGUUAAGCCAGUGCUGCUGCCGUCCACGGGCGAGAUCGUCAAGGAUCCUGCACACCUGACUCCUUCAGUGAAAGCCAACGGCGCUGGCUCCAGCGGGGGUGGAGAUUUGGAGAACCUGCUGAAGAUCGAGAACGAGUGUGCGAGCGCCCAGUCCAAGGUGGGCACAGCGACGCCCGGCAGCGACACGACAGGACCAAAGUUCUCGCAGCCACGCUACGAGCCAGACUUCAACGAACUGGUCGACGAUUCGUCAAACGAGCUGGAAAUCGACAUGUCAGACCCGUCAGCGACAGCUGGGGCCAGCGGCACCGUAACGGCGCAAGGCGACGUUAAGGAACGGGCGGUUCCCAAAGCGGUGGAUGGGCAGCAUCAGCCGACGGCGUCCCCGGCCUCCGUUACGUCCGCUUUCAGCCCCAGCAACUCGGCGGCAACUUCAGCAUUUCGCACUCCCACCACAACAAAGGUGCCUCCACCGUUGGACCCCCUGGGCCCGUUCCCCGCAGCUGCCACAUUCGUGGGUUACCCCGGUGCGAGCGCGGGCCCCGAGUCCAAGCCGGGCAAGCCGGGGGCCGCUGAUCUCCUGAAGGCGGUUUCGCAAGCGCCCGGCUCCGGCGGUGGCCUGCCCAGCAAGGCAGCGCACCAUUACACCGUGCUCAAGGGCGGCGCUGCCACCGGGGCUGUUAACGGCACGGCCGCCGCAUGCCAUGACGCCAAGCAGUACACUGUGCUGCAGCCCGCGGGCGCCGGCCAAGACGUCGUGGUCAGCGUGGAGCCAGCUAAGCCGCUGCCGUCGCCGCCCGCCAGGACAGAGGGUAGCCGCUGUCCUACGCCUGGUUGCACGGGGCAAGGUCACGUCACUGGACUCUACUCGCACCAUCGCAGCUUAUCCGGAUGCCCAAGAAAAGACAAGGUGACACCUGAAAUCCUGGCGAUGCAUGAGACAAUUCUGAAAUGCCCCACCCCCGGUUGCAAUGGGCGGGGCCAUGUUAGCUCCAACCGGAACACCCACCGCAGCCUGUCGGGCUGCCCGCUGGCCGCCGCCUCCCGGCUGGCGGCGCGCCUCAGCCGCAAGCAGCAGCAGCUCCACCAGCGCCUGCCCCCAGUUGGCGGCACCACGUGCCCACCAGAAUUCGGCUUCAACUGUGGGACUGGUGGCAGCGUUACUGGGAACCCAGGUCCGAAAACAGAGGGGACUCCAAACAAAUCUUGCUACGGAAGCACACCGCCGCAACAGCAGCAGCAGCAAUUCUACAAGAAGCCCAAAUCACCUGAGUCGGCCAUCGCUGCUGGCGGUCGCCUCAUACCAAAGUCUGAAGUAGUAUCGGCUGCCAGUUGCUGUUCGGUGACCCUGAAAGUCGAGGCGGGUGCUGGGAGUAACUCGGAGCCCUACCUCAGCCACGACUCCAACUCGUCGUCAGUGUCGAGCAUGGAGCCGCCGCCCCCGCAGCAGCCGGGCCCGCCGCCCAUGGGCUACGGCAUCGGCUACGAACCGCUGCCUCCGCCGCCGCCUCCGGUGGCGUCCGCCGAGGAGCUGUACGGGCGAUACGCGGGGCGGCCUGGCGGCGGGCCGGGUCCGGUGCCGGCGCAGUACAUCGGCCAGGGCUCCCCCUACGAUCCCGCAGCGGCGGCCGCCGCCGCAGCCGCUGCAGCCGCCGCAGCCGCCGGCUACGACCAGCAGCGCUACCCGCAGCUCUACGCCACGCCCACCACCUACCAGGAUGACUACCAGCAGCAUCCUCAGGAGCAGCUGCCGCUGCUGAAGACGGAACCGGUGACAGAGCCGCUGUACCCGCGCCCCAUGUACCACUUCGAUCCCAACGGCGGGGCGCUGCCGCCCGGCUUCUCCUCGGCCAUCAACCUGUCCGUCAAGUGUGUAGCGGCAGGCCAGCUCAAGGGCAACGCCUCACCCGGCGGCUCCGUCAUGGACCUGUCGACGUCCAGCGUCACCUCCACCAGCCCGCAGGGCCCGGCAUACGGCGCGAGCAGCCUGAGCCCGCACUACGCCGGUCCGCGGGGCUCCAGUCCGCAGGCGGCGACCAGUCCACACCUCUCCGCCAGUCCGCACGUGCCCAGCCCGCAGGGACAGACUCUGGACCUCAGCGUCAGCAGGGUGCCCGCGAGCGGCGCGCCCAGCCCCAUGUACCCAGGCGGCGCCUACCUGACGGCGGCGGCGACGGCGGCCGCGGCGGCUGCGGCAGCGGCAGCGCCUCCACGCGACGAGCAGACGGAGCCGGUGGACUUCUCGACGGCUAACGAACCCGUCAACUUCAGCCGCGGGCCCGUUUUCCCCGCGGGCGCAGCCGCCUACAGCCGCGAGUCCACGCCCGACAGCGGCUCCCACUACCUCGACUCUUACCGUGAACACGCCAACGGUGAAGAAUGUGUGCCUCCAUCUGGAUAUUGGUACGCGAGUCCCCACCCAGGCUACGCGAUGCAGCAGGCGGAGUACCCGCCCGCGGCCAACAGCUACGCCGCCUACUCGUACCCGUGCGCCAGCGGCUACCCGGGCGGCGGCUACGCGGCGCCCGUCUCCUCCGGCUACUCGCCCGCUGCGCCCUGCUACGCCAUGCCGCCCCCGCAGCCGCCGCAGCCGCCCCUCGACAAGCCUAUCAAGGAGGAAGGCCUGUCCGGUUGCCCGCGUGCCGACCGGUCACAAAUCCAGGCGCACUCACAGGAGCUGAAGUGCCCGACACCGGGGUGCGACGGCUCAGGUCAUGCCACCGGAAACUACUCCUCGCACCGUUCGCUGUCGGGCUGCCCACGCGCCAACAAGCCCAAAAGCAAGCCGCGCGACGGUCAGGACUCCGAACCACUCAGGUGCCCCAUCCCCGGCUGCGACGGCUCCGGACACGCCACCGGCAAGUUCCUGUCGCACAGGAGCGCGUCGGGCUGCCCCAUCGCCAACCGCAACAAGCUGCGCGUGCUCGAGUCUUCGUCCUCGUCGUCUGCAGCGGUGGCCGGCGUCUGCGGCGGAGGCGGCGGGGCGGCGGCGGCAGACCAACACAAGGCGGCAGCAGCCGCGGCAGCUGCCGCUGCCGCCGCAGCCGCCGCUGCCGCCGCCGCUGUCAAGUUCGAGGGCACUGGUUCGUCUUCUUGCCCGGCCCCCGCCUACGACGGUCCCGGUCACACCGACGGUUCCUCCUUCCUCGCGCACCAUCGAGCCACGCUGUCCAGCUGCCCCCUGACUGUUGCCGCCCCCGGAACGGGCACCCAUCACCCGCCACCCCCCGUUCCAGCCCCGGGGACUGCGGCCGCUGCAGCAGCUGCUGCUGCAGUUGCCGCAGCCGCCGUUGCAGGACCACCGGCGCUCGUCAAGAAGGCACACAAGUUCACCGAGGAGCUGUACUCCAAGGCGCCUGCAGAUAUUCAGUAUUUUAACAAUCCAACAUGUGGAAGGCAGCACACUUCUAAUGCAGCAUCGUUUAAUAUUGGAAGUAUAGAAGGCCCUGUCAAUGCAGUGGGUUCUGGCAGUGAAGACCUUGUGACACUAGAAGCAGAGAUCACAGAAUUGCAGCGUGAAAAUGCUCGUGUAGAGUCACAGAUGCUCCGUCUACGCACUGAUAUAACAGCCAUGGAAGCACACCUUCGUCAUGGAGAAAAGGAGAACCAGAUGAUUAGCCAACGCAACAACAAUUUAAAUGAAUACUACGAAAACCUUCGAAAUAAUGUUAUUACUUUACUGGAGCAUGUGAGAUUACCUGGUGGAGGUAGUGGACAACCAGGAAUUGGACCUGCUCCUGGAGAAAAGUUGGUUCAUGAUAAUUUUGACAGCUACCUCAGUAAGCUUCAGACCCUAUGUACUUCCGAUGGUUACUGUGAUGCCGAAGGUAAUCGACCAUUGUAUGAAACUGUGAAAUCUGCUCUACAAGACUUUACUGUACUGCCUACACCCAUCUGAAUUUAACAAACAAAUUAAUAUGAUCUGCAGGUUGAUGCUGAGAAAAUUGAUUAUUGAUCCUACCAUUUACGGAUAAUGUGUGAGUCAGUUGGCAUUAUCGUGAAAUAGUGCUGUGAAUGAAUUAGUAUGCAGUGAUCUUAGCAUGUAUUUGACUCAACAGUAGUGUCUUUGACACCAGAUACUUGGGUUGUUACCCAUGCUACCUUUUUUAAUGAUUAUCAGCUAAUUUUGUGCAUCUAUGCUGGUGUGACUACUUGUGUCUGAACCUGUGAUCCCCGACCUGCAAGUGCAUCUGUGCAAUUGAUUGUAGGCAUAAAAUAUCAACGAAUUCAACUGUGUUGUGAUUAAUAGUUUAUACAGACUUGUAAGUAUUGUAAUCCUCAAUGCUAUAGGUCAGUGUUGUAAUAGAUCGUUUUCUUUGGGAGAUGUCUGUAUUAACACCACUCUUAAAUGCUACAAUGAAGACAAAUGUGGUAUAUGCAGCAAUGGAUUUAAUUAAAAAUUAAAUUAUUUCACAUUUGUGAGUGGUUUACUCAUGUUUCCAAAAGCUAUGUCCAAUGUAGAUGAAUUUGCCAUUCAUGUGUGACAGUUGAUUUUGUUGAUUGUCCUUGGAUGUGAAUUCACUAGAGUGACAUUCUACUCCAUUGAAAAUAAAUAACACGUUGUUGUGUAUCCUAUGUAGAAUAAACAUUCUGUUUGUUAGAGCAAAACAAGAAAAGUGUUAUUUACGAGUAUUACAUGAUCAUUGUACAAGACUAUUUUUGUGCACAUCCCUUCAAGUUUUAUGAUUUCUUGUGUAAGACUACAACAGUCAAUACUUUAUUACCAUAAGCAAAAAGUUUCAAUGGAAAUACAGGGCAAUAUAUUGACACUACAGUAAUGAUAUUUUCUAUGAGGUAUAUUUGUCCUCUCCUAUAACUGGAUAUGACAUCAUGGUGCUAGAUGAUGGUGUUGCAGUCAUGAAUGACAUCUGAUACAUUUUUUGCAGUUGUCUUAAGUGAAGAAUAAAGAAUAUUGUUUGUUUAUGCCUCAACAGAUAGCUUGUUAGACUGAUGUGUUUUUGUUUGUUGUUGUAUUAUUGAUUUUUGUUAAUGCCAUUUAAGCAAAAGUUGCUGUUUAGGCCAACAUAAUGGCAGCUACAAAUAUUUAUCCCUAUUAAAUGUUAUAGAAGCCUUUUAUGUAAUCUUCUGUGAAAGAAAUACUUUCCAUUUUCAUUUAUAUGUACUUAGCGUAUAUUUAUUUUUUGAAAUCUGAAAAACACACCAAAUUUUUCUAAAGUGUAACUGUAACAUGAGAAUGACGAGGAAAUUUGGAACUACAUAAGAGUGUGCAAUGCAUGUAAUGUGAUUACAAAGUAAAUACUGUAUUAGGCAAUAUCUCAGUGUUCUGUAAAUUAUUCUGCUUGUUAUUUGUCUACACUAGGAUUGGUUAACUUAUGAAAUUUGUAAAACAAAAAUUAAAUCAGACAAAGCUGUGCUCUAAGCUGAAAUUACACAUAUAAUUAUUUGCAUUUAUGUUACUUUCCUGUGUAAUGCAUAGUCCAUAAUGCUGUUUAUUUUAAACUGAACAGAUAGGUACUCCAGGAUAAAAAACUUCUUGUUUCAAAUGUCUGCAUCCUAUGAGUUGUGAAUUUUCCAAGGAGUUUGACAAUUCAUUAAGCACUUUAAAUCUAAUACAGUACUUACCAAAAAUAUAAUUUUAAUGCUUUAACAAAAAUGAUAUUAAAUUUAUUUUUUGUUCAUGUAAACAAAAUAAAAAUAAAUUGUCUAGAUGUUUUUUAAGAAACAAUUGCUACUCAUGAUGUCAAUCACUGGAUUAAAACUGAACCUGUGCAGUUUACCAAUUUUAGGUAAAGAACAAUCAGUAUGGCCUUUUGCCAUGUGCUGAAAGCUCAAAAGUUAUUAGAAGUUAGAGACAAGGUUUUAACUACUGGGAAAUAACAUGUACAUAGGAUACCAAGAGAGUAUCAAUAAAACAAUCAUCUUUCUGCAUGUUUAUAUUGCAGCUUGUAUACAAGAUGAUGGAUGUUUAGGUAACAGCACAAGUCAAUGCAUAUUUUCUGGUCAUUUUAUUUUGUAUUUUUGUAAUGCUAUGAAAAAUGUUGAUAUACUGCUUUGUAGCCUCAAAAAACUAAAAUCAGGACACUCACAAAGAGAAAUAUUUAAUUCAGUUGACCUUCAUUAGGUUCUCCAACAGGUGUUGUACAAGCAUUUGCAGCUGCUUCUGAAAUGUCAUAAUGUGAUGAUAGUUUUAUAUACAUAUUCAUAUUUUAGUAUCACUUCAUAUGUAUUAUGUAUUGUCAAAAUAUAUUACUGUUAUGAUGUACACUGUUAUCUCAGACCCUUAUUCAUAAACACAGCUCAUUAACCACUGGAGCAACUGCAAAUGCCAUAGCUGCAGCACAUAACAAAUUAGUCUGUCUCCAGGUGUAAUAUAGAAUUCAUUAACUAUCAUCAGUGUAUAGUAUAUAUGUGUUAAUGAUGUUAAAUCAAAGGUAAUAAAAAAGUCAUGAAAAAUAGUU